AUGGCGUCAAAACUCUCCUCGUACCCCCUCCUCGCGCGCAUCGCGGCGCACGCAGCCAGCGCGCCCUCCUCGCCAGCGAUCGAGGACGUGCCCGCGUCCCUCACGGUCACCUAUGGCGAGCUGGCGUCCGACGUCGUCGCGCUCGGCUCCACUGUCGUCCGGACGCUGUCGCCCGACGGCAGCGCCGACGCACAAGAAGCGCGCAUCGCGAUCCUCUGCGACAAAGGGUACCUCGUGCCCCUUGCCCUGCUCUCUGUGUGGGCCGCCGGCGGCUUCGCCAUCCCCGUGCUCCCGUCGCUCCCGGUCCCGGAACAGGCCUACCUCGUCAACAAUGGCGACUGUGCGCUGAUUGUUUGCGACGCUAAGAACCGCGCGCGCGCGGACGAGCUCGCAAAGAUCAAGGAGGGCGGCGUGCCGUGCUCAGUGCUCGAGAUCUCACUCGCUUCGAUCCGGGCAGCCGAGUCCGGCGUGGCUGACGCAGCGGCGCACCUCGCCUCCCUCGCCCCGAUCGCGGGCGACCGCCGCGCAAUGAUGCUCUACACGUCCGGCACGACCGGGAGGCCAAAGGGCGUCGUGACACGGCACUUGGCGCUCGCGGCCCAGGCCGAGAGCGUCGUCACAGCCUGGCGGUGGACAGCGGCGGAUAACCUCCUCCACGUGCUCCCCCUGAACCACCUGCACGGCAUCGUCGUCGCGCUCCUCCCGACGCUGUGGGCCGGCGCGUCCGUCGAGAUGUGGGAGCGGUUCGACGGCGGCAAGGUGUGGCAUCGCUGGAUUAACGCCGAGGGCAAGCGCCCGAUCAGCAUGUUCUUCGCCGUGCCGACAGUGUACACCCGCCUGAUCGAGGCGCACGAGAAGCUCGACCCCGAGACGCAGGCCGCGGCGUCCAAGGCCUCCGCCACCCUCCGACUACAGGUGUCUGGCUCUGCGCCACUGCCAGAGAGCGUGAAGGCGACGUGGGAGAAGGCGGGCGGCGUCGGCGGCGGGCAGGUCUUGUUGGAGCGGUACGGCAUGACGGAGACGGGCCUGAUCGCGACCACGGGGUGGGAGAACGAGAAGCGCGUCAAGGGCUGCGUCGGCUUCCCCAUGCCUUCCGUGUCUAUCAGGCUAUGGGACACGAACGCGAACGCGCUCGUAACCGCGCGCGACACGCCGGGCGAGGUGCAGGUCUCCGGGGAGGGCAUAAUGCGCGAGUACUGGCGCCUGCCGGAGGCCACGGCGAAGGAGAUCACGCCCGACGGGUGGUUCAAGACGGGCGACGUGGCGGUGUGGAGCGGCGCCAACGGGCCACCAGAGGCGGAGGGCAUGCUGCGUAUUCUCGGACGGUCGAGCCAGGAUAUCAUCAAGUCGGGCGGGGAGAAGAUCAGCGCGAUCGAGAUUGAGCGCGCGAUUCUCGAGCUCGACGGCAUGAAGGACGCCGCGGUCGUCGGUGUGCCGGAUGAUGUGUGGGGGCAGGUGGUCGCGGCGUGCAUCGUUACGACCCGCCCCGAGCUCUCCCUCUCGGCACUGCGCGAAGAGCUCCGCUCCGAGCUGGCGGCAUUCAAGCUCCCGCGCAAGCUCAAGGUGUUCGACAGCAUCCCGCGCAACGCGAUGGGCAAGAUCCAGAAGAAGAUCAUCGUGCAGAACGAGUUUGUCGCGCCUGCGGCGGCGUAGUGAGUGCGGAGGGCGAGGGCGGUGGAAGCGAGGUGGAGGUGAUCAAGAGACAGACAUGGCGAGCGGGAUCGGGCCCGCUCCCGCGCGUGUGGGCGAUGC